AUGGGUGAAGUUUCUGACAAUCUUUCUGCCAACCUGAAGAGUGAAUGCAAAACAAAUAACUCUGCAGUGCAUGAUCAGCAGCAAAAUAGACCUGAAAUUACAAAAGGUGAAGCUAGUACCGAAAAACAAGAACAGUGUGAAAACCUAGAGAAAUGCAGACUGCUCAAAGAGAAACCAGCUGAAGAUUUAGAGAAAUGUGAGCAGAAUUGUUCCACACAGUUGGAAGUUCAAAGACCAACUGAAGGAUUUCGACCAACCAGCCCACCUGCCAUCUCCAGACAAGUUUUAUGUUUGAGUGACUCAGCAACACAAGAUAAUUCCCAGAGUAACAAGAAACAACAGAAACCAGACACUAGUGAAGGGAAGCUGUUACUGACCAAGAAUGGAGGGAAAGAUAAUGCACUGCCAAGAAAAAAUGAAUGUGAAAAAGCCGGUGUUGCACCCGUAAGAAACCAAGAAAUGAUGCAAGAUGUGGACAGUCAAAGCCAUGAAAAAAUACAGACAGAAAGAAUAUCACCUUAUGAUGAACUCAAAAACAGAAGAAAGAGAAAGCCUUCAAAAGCAGAAAAGAACGAACAGUCAAAAAGAAAUCAAAAUAAUGAACAGGAGGGAGAUAUUCAUAAUCCACCAAAAUCCAAAAGAAGAUGUUAUGAUAGCAACUCAAAAGAACGAGAGAGAUCCUCAUCAACAGAGGUGAGGAAAUCAUUUGAUGAUACAAAAUCAACUAAAAAAUUCAAAUCUGAGGGAUUGAAGUAUCAGAAGCACAAUUCUCACUCAAAGUUUUCAGAUUCACCAAAUAAGACACUGUACGAGAAAAAAGUCGAACACAAAUUCUACAAAGGAGAAAAGGGUUCCAUGCAAUACCAUGAAAAACAAGAACACAAGUCAUACAAAAAGCCUUAUCUUCUUGAGUCCAAAGCAAUAGACAAGGUACAAAGAUUCAAAUCAAAGGGCUCUGAUUUUACAUGGCAUGACCAAUCCAACAUAUUUGGCAGAGGACGGGGGAGAGGCAGAGGUAGGGGGAGAGGCAGGGGCCGAGGUAGAGGUCGAGGCCAGUUCUACAAUAAAUCAAGCUCAGGGCGGCAGCCUUAUAGGAAAACUCUACUAGAUAGAAAUGGUGAAUUUUAUUCUGGUGAUUAUCAGCAAGAUAACUGGGAUCAAGGGCGGCAGGAGGAGACUGAUUUUACCUCCGAUAACUUUGGAAAUAACUGGGAAUAUGACAACAGGAAUGGGACAAAUGCUCAAGACUACGGGUAUAAUUCACAAAUGGGACAGGGAGAUUGCUAUGGCAACAGUAACCAAGGGUCUUGGAACAACAGAUGGCAUAAUGGAUCUUAUUCACAGGAGUGGUCCAAUAAUAAUAAUAACAAUAAUAAUAAUAAUAACUGGGGAAAUAAUCAAGGUUAUGGAUGUAAUCAGUGGAAUGGACAUUCUCAGUCUCAACAAUGGAACUCCAAUGGUGGCUCGUGGCAGAGGGAACCAAACAAUUAUAGAAGAUGGCAGAACUAACCACAUGAGUGGAAAUGUCUUCAUGUGAAAUGCGUGAACAUCGCAGUCACAUUAGCUACAAAGGAACAAUGCCAGUUUUCCUGGACUUGGAGGACAUCUUGUGCCUGAUAUUUGUGAGAACACGUUCCCAGUGCCAAAAACGACAAAAUAAACUUCCGCCUGUCCACCUUACUAAAUAUCAGGCUUUUUGAGGCUGCAUUUGUGUUUGGAACUACUUUCCUUUGGAAUUUAGACUUUGUUAAUUCUGUACCUUUAAGUUUUAAGAGCAAUGCCAGGCAACAGAAGAUGGGAUAUAUCUGCUGUACCCAAAGAAGGGUAUUUGGACAGAUACAUUGCUACACCAGUAAUCUGGAUAGCGAAAUCUAGAUAUGACCCACCUGUCAAAUUUUAAUUUUCUUUUUUUGUGUCACUUACGAAAUGCUGAUGUGCACGUGUGACCUUCAGCAGUCAUUAUUAUUCUAGAUUGGCAGCAUUAUUAGUCUACAUCUGAGAUUAAAUCUAAAGAUACAACUGCCUAAUUUGACAGGGAAUGUUAAGUUUAUUGAAUUUCAAAUAUUGUGGUGCAUAUAUAGCACUCA